AUGUUCCCAGCAGCUCUGAAACCCACCAUGGACUCUCUGAGUGGGGUCCUGCGCUUCUUCACCAACCAGAAGAGCACCAUCGGCUAUGGGAUGAUGGCCAUAGUCACCAUUGGGAGUGAGAGACUCUUCUCCCUCUUCUCCUUCCAGUGUCCCUGUAACUCCCAGCAGAACGUCAUGUAUGGACUCGUCUACCUGCUGGCACCGGCGCUCGUGCUCUUCAGCGUGGGACUGUUCCUCAGCACGCGCCUCUGGAAGCUCUACACGGGCUGCUGCAUCAACCCCCGAAAACUCUGUCCUCACAGGAGGAACUGUCUGGGCUGUCUCUCAGUGUUGGGGAGUGUGGUUUUGGGGGCUCUGGUGGCCCCCAUCAUGUGGCUCAGUGUAGCUUUGCUGAACGGAACGUUCUAUGAGUGUGCACUGAGUGGAAUGGACCAACAGUCGGUGGUGAGCUGGUUCUGUAAGAACCACACCAGGACCUGUAAAGAGGAACUGCCUAAAGUUCCCUGCAAAACCGCCAAUCUACCCCCAGCAGAAUCUAACGAGCUUCUCCUCAUGCUCAGAGCUCAGUCUCAGAUCCUGGGCUGGGUUCUGAUCAUCAGCGCGGCCAUGGUGGCUCUGAUCGGUACGUGUUAUAAAAACUGCCGCUCUAAGGUCAGUUACCUGCAGCUCACCUUCUGGAAGAUCUACAUGGAGAAGGAAAAGGAGAAGUUCGAGUCCUUCGCGGACGCUUACGCCACCCGGCUGGCCGAGAGGAACAUGAACAGCUUCUUUGAGAACAAGGAACCCGAGGCGUUCCCCUUUCCUAACCAUAAAGCCUGGGAGCACAUCUCAGCUUUAAACACGUUCACUCACAGUGAGCAGUACUACAGCACCCUGCAGAGGUACGUGGAGCGCUCCGACCGGGACUACAGCCCCGAAAAAGUUCCACUGGAAAUGGAACACAGCAUCGAGUAGAGAACCCAAAAUAAUCUGAUCUGAUCCCGUCUAAUUCUAAACUACAAUAGAUUUAAACUGAACUAACCAACUACAUGAUAUUUUUAUUUAUUUAUCUUCAUCUACUGUUGGUUCUGGUUAGGGUUGUGGUGGGUCCUGAGCCUAUCCCAGAAACACUGGGGAUAAUGCUGGAAUUCACCUGGUACAGUCCAGUCCAUCACAAAAACUCACACUUACUUUCUGUAGGUACCUGAGAUCCCAGCAACCCUCUGUACCAUCUUCAACAUGAGAUGAAUUAAGUGAUCAUAUUUAACAGAGACGCCAGCAGUGAUGUUUCAGUUUAUCAGAAGUUCUCAGUCCUCCUGGUCCACCAUCUUUACUCCUGUAAUCACAGAACAGUCGCGGUUUGCUUGUCCGAACAGGUCGCGCUUCAGUCUGAUCCAAAAUAAUUAAAAUAAACUCACUGCUUGUUUUUACAGGUUUCCUUCAUGACUGUUACAGCUCAGAAUUAUGUAGACACUAGCGGACUGGACCGGUGUUUACGUAUUUGUCUAAAUCAUUUAAAUGUCUGAAGCUUCAUGAUUAAUAACUUACAGCAGUAAUUGUUCUGGCCUACUUACAUCACCAUGCUGUGGUUAAAUAAACCUGGAUUAUCCAGUCUAAUCCGAUCUGAUCUGAUCUGAUCUAACACCACUAUUGUUAAAUAAACCACUUUCAGUCCAGAUCAGAUUUAUACUGGAGUGAUUUAUACUCGGGUGUUAUUACCUGUCUCAGAGGUGCAGACAAUGAUUAAGCCAUUAAUAAAUAUAUCAGGGAUCACAACGUACUGGUCACAAAUAAAUCUGAACUCACUUUUUACUUUUGUUAUUAAUACUAAUUUUUGAUCAGUUAUAACAAACAUUUUUAUUUGCAUGUGAAUGUUUUUAAUGUGUUAACUUGAAUGUCGGCUUUGUUACAGUGCA